AUGGAGCGAACUCACUCUUCGAUUUCAUUGGUAGGCAUUGGCGCACAAGCCUCCAACAAGACACGAGACAUGGUCAGUUUUCAAUUGAGUCCGCACUUCACAUCUAAUUUCUCAUAUACAAUGACAGCUCAUGUCCUAACAAAUCUUACUUCGUCCAUACCAUCUACACAUUUAAACACGUCAUCAUGGCAACACCUGAAAGGAUUACAGCUAGCCCAAUUUUCUCGACCAGAUGCUAUUGACAUCAUUCUCGGAGCGGAUGUUUACGGAGCUAUAAUCACCGAAGGUUUAAUUAAAAAAUCUCAGGACGCACCUAUAGCCCAACGCACAGAACUCGGGUGGAUUAUUUCGGGGCCAACGAGCCAACAAAUAACUCUAGAGAAUCCUCAGAGUUACCAUGUCACGACAAAUGAAGAUCUUCAUUCCGUACUACAUAAAUUUUGGGAACUGGAGGAAGUUCCUUUCCCAAUCGACCGUUCAUUAACUCCCGAGGAGCAAGACUGUGAAAGUCACUUCCGAAAUACACAUACAAGAGAUCAACACGGACGACAACAGUGCUAUGUCUUCUCUUCUGAUAUAGAGAAGAUGUAUCGACAAAUCAAUGUCCAUAAAAAUGACUAG